CUGCAGCUGGCUCGCUCGCUCGCUCGCUCGCUCCCUCCCUCCCUUCGCCUGUAGGUUUAGUCAAGCAGCGAGCCGCCGGUGGGCCAGCGAGCCACCGAGGGCCCGAGCUUCGGACGCCAGCGCCCGCCUCCUGCCUUUGUUCGUUCGACUGUAUCAGCGGGCAGGCGCGGGAGCCCGGGCCGUGAGCUACCGCAACAUCAUGACAACAGAGAAGGGUUUAGUUGUUGAGGCUGAAAAUUCUCAGCACCAACAACAGAAGGAAGAGGGUGAGGGAGCCACAAACUCACACCAACAAGAAGCUCAGCUGGAAGAGGCUUCCCAGGCAGCUGAGGGAGAUAAUCAGUGUGAGCAGAAACUGAAAGCAUCCAAUGGAGACACUCCCACACAUGAAGACUUGACCAGGAACAAGGAACGAACAUCAGAAAGCAGGGGCCUGUCAAGACUGCUCUCCUCAUUUCUCAAAAGACCCAAAUCUCAAGUCUCUGAGGAAGAAGCCAAAGAGGCAGAGGCAGAAAAAGAAAAAGGAGAAGUAGGUCAGAAAGAGAUAGAAUUUGGAACCAGUCUUGAUGAAGAUAUAAUUUUAAAGGCCCCAAUUGCAGCUCCUGAACCUGAACUCAAAACAGACCCAUCUUUGGAUCUUCAUUCAUUAAGCAGUGCAGAAACACAGCCAGUUCAAGAAGAACACAGAGAAGAUCUAGAUUCUGAAACUAAAGAAGGAGAAGAAAUUGAAGAGUGUUCCAAAACAGAAGUAAAAGAAAAUCCUGAAUCGAAAGCAGAAAGAGAAUUAAAAGCUUCCCAGAAAUCAGUCAGAAGGCACAGAAACAUGCACUGCAAGAUUUCUUUAUUGGACGACACUGUUUAUGAGUGUGUUGUGGAGAAACAUGCUAAAGGUCAAGAUUUGCUUAAACGAGUAUGUGAGCACCUCAAUCUUUUGGAGGAAGACUACUUUGGUCUGGCCAUUUGGGAUAAUGCAACCACUAAGACAUGGCUGGAUUCUGCCAAAGAAAUAAAAAAGCAGGUUCGAGGUGUCCCUUGGAAUUUCACAUUUAAUGUAAAGUUUUACCCACCUGACCCAGCACAGUUAACAGAAGACAUAACAAGGUAUUACCUAUGUCUUCAGCUUCGUCAGGAUAUCGUUGAAGGACGUCUGCCCUGUUCCUUUGCAACCUUAGCAUUACUAGGUUCUUACACCAUCCAGUCUGAGCUGGGAGACUAUGAUGCAGAACUUCAUGGUGUGGAUUAUGUUAGUGAUUUUAAACUGGCUCCCAAUCAGACCAAGGAACUUGAAGAGAAGGUCAUGGAACUACACAAAUCAUACAGGUCCAUGACUCCUGCUCAGGCUGACUUAGAAUUUCUUGAGAAUGCCAAAAAGUUGUCUAUGUAUGGAGUUGAUCUUCAUAAAGCAAAGGACUUGGAGGGAGUGGAUAUCAUCCUAGGUGUCUGCUCUAGUGGCCUUUUGGUUUACAAAGAUAAGUUGAGAAUUAACCGUUUUCCUUGGCCCAAAGUGCUAAAGAUUUCCUACAAACGUAGCAGCUUUUUCAUCAAAAUCCGGCCUGGAGAGCAAGAACAGUAUGAAAGUACCAUUGGAUUCAAACUUCCUAGUUACCGAGCAGCUAAGAAAUUAUGGAAAGUCUGUGUUGAGCAUCACACAUUUUUCAGGUAUUGUUUUCCUUUAAGGAUUUCAGCAGCUGCUGACUCAACAGACAGAAGUCCUCGACCCACCUCUGCCCCAGCCAUUGCUCAGAGUCAGGUCACAGAGGGCAUUGUACCAGGAGCAUCUGACAAAAAAACACAGAAGGAAACAGUGAAGGCUGAAGUGAAAGAAGAGCCACCUGAGCAAGCUGAGCCAGAGCCCACAGAGGCGUGGAAGGUGGAAAAAACCCACAUCGAGGUCACAGUACCUACCUCAAACGGUGACCAAACACAGAAGCUUGCAGAAAAAACUGAAGAUCUGAUAAGAAUGAGGAAGAAAAAGAGAGAGAGACUAGAUGGUGAAAACAUUUAUAUCAGACAUAGCAAUUUAAUGUUGGAGGAUUUAGACAAGAGUCAAGAAGAGAUCAGAAAACAUCAUGCCAGUAUCAGUGAGCUGAAAAAGAACUUCAUGGAGUCUGUACCAGAGCCACGGCCCAGCGAGUGGGAUAAACGCCUGUCUACGCACUCGCCCUUCCGAACUCUUAAUGUCAAUGGGCAGAUCCCCACGGGCGAAGGACCUCCUCUGGUAAAGACUCAGACAGUCACCAUCUCAGAUACAGCCAAUGCUGCAAAAAGUGAAAUCCCAACCAAAGACGUCCCCAUUGUCCACACUGAGACCAAGACCAUCACUUAUGAGGCUGCCCAGACUGAUGACAGCAAUGGUGACUUGGACCCAGGAGUCUUGCUGACAGCUCAGACCAUCACAUCUGAGACCACAAGCAGUACCACCACAACUCAGAUUACCAAGACCGUAAAAGGUGGGAUUUCAGAGACCCGGAUUGAAAAGAGAAUUGUGAUCACAGGAGAUGGCGAUAUUGACCAUGACCAGGUCCUUGUACAAGCUAUCAAGGAAGCAAAGGAGCAGCAUCCGGACAUGUCAGUGACCAAGGUGGUUGUCCAUCAAGAGACUGAGAUCUCUGAGGAAUGAGCUCAGGAACUAUCCUACCCCAACUCCCUGCCUUCCCUAUGCCCAAGACAAACCAGCGAAAUGCUAAAGAAGCCAGCCUGCAAGUCAGACUCCAGACUUUCAAGAUCAUUCUAGACCACCAGAAAAUUUACUUUGUUUUCUAUUUGGAAUUUAUAUCGAGAUUCUUCUAGAUAUCAUUGAUCCUUUUCAAGAUCUUUUUCUAUAUUGUGAUACCAGAAAUUGUUCCACUUUUCACUCUAUGAACCAUUUUUGAAGAGUUUUUUGGGUUUUUUUAAUGGGAUAAUUUGUAACCCAUUCAACCUAGGCUCUCCUCACUGAUCCUCAACCCAGGUACUGAAAGGGUCUACAGAUUUCAGGACAUCCUUCAGAGACUCUGUCAACUAUGUUGGAGGCCAAAGUCAAUUCCCUGGGAUGCCCCUCUUCCCCAAGUUUUACCCUUUGAUGACAGCAGAGACUUCAUGAACCAGUUCUUUCUCAAAGCCAACCAUAAAAUGUCACCAGCAUGUU